AUCUCCGCCACAUCUUCCUCCUUUCCUCUUUAUCAUCUGCCUUCUUUCGCUUUUUUCCUUCGCCCCCCUGUCGUGCUGGUUUAAAUCCUCCUCUUGUGCUCUGUUCUGUCUGAUUUCCUCAUGGCCCAGUGUUACUCGUCCUCGGGCAGUGCGCCCUUGAACGCCCUGGCGAACCAGCUCCUGGGCGAGUCCAGCUUCUCGGCCAAGGCUUCUUUGUUCCGCUCUACUCACACUCCACAGCACCACCAACAGCACCAACGCCAACAUCAUCUACAGGGCCUCUUCCCACGCCAUACUCGCCCUCCUUACUUGAAACCACCACAGCAACACCCUCAGAAGCAGCUCCACGGAGGCCCUUUCAAGCCAACGUCCGUUAAUACCAUCGAUCCAUUCGAACAGGCAUGGUCCAGCACCUCCGCCUCAGACUCAACCUCGUACCAUCAUCACCUCAACGAACAAUACCCGUCUUAUGGACCACAGAUCCAUGAUCACCGCCAGGAGAGAUAUUUGCCGGAUCUGGAUCUGAUCUCUGCCUGGGAAAAACAUCAAAAGCAACAACAGCACCUGGCUGGGGAUCACCUACAUCAAGUCCAGACCACUCUUUCUGGUGUAUCCAUGGCAUCCCAUCCUGACUUGUCCUCCUCCGAAUACGAAUCCUUUCAUUACCAACCGGCGCCGCUCGGGACAACAACCUCGCCAACGAACGAACACAGUUCGUGGACCCAGGAGUGGUCGCGUCAACAGGAGGCAGCCGACACGGAUGAUGACGAUGAUGGGGACGAUGAGUUUCGGGAGGAGUGGAGCAACGAUCAUUUUACACAGGCCUACAUCAACAGCCAUCAGUCUCAAUUCCGAGCAAUUGAGGAGCAGGACCGGUUGAAGGAGGCUCGACUGGAAGAGGAGCGGGAGAGGCAGAGACAGGCCAUGGGGGGUCCGCCCCGAUCUGCGUGGAUGAUGGCUGGAUCUGCUGCUGCUGCGGCCACCGUAACCGAGACGAGGACAGCCCAUUUGCACGGCACCCCUAGACGGUUGCGUGUGCCAGGGCUUGACCCCGUAGAAGAGUCAACACAGAACUCGACCACCCUCAGUGUGGACGAAUUCAUGAAUUUCCACUAUUCAGAUAUCGACCACCAGAAUGAACAACUUCAACAUCUUCAACAACCCCCACAGCUUCAACAGCCCCGGCCUGUCCAUGCAGAGGACCGGUUCUUAUCGCUUGUUAAUGAUCUGCAUUCAGCAGAACAGAGCUAUUACCCAGCCGCGUCCUCCGCCACCUUACCAGGGCUCUCGGACCAGGACUCUGGGCGGUCGACUCAGCCUUGUGGACCCUCUAUUUCAACUUCCACGAUGCAAAAUGGAUGGGCUCAGGAGUUUGCGACCGAAAAUGACCAGAGACGGUCCGUCAAGUAUGUCGGCGCAGAAUGGAACUGGGAAAAGCUGUUCGGCAAGGAUCCCAGGCGGCAGUUGCAGCUCCUCACAAACGCCAACGACGCAUCAGCAGCGAGUCGCUUGGCAAACGGCGACGGCGUGGAUGAGGCUGAUCGACUUAGGGCCGUGGCAUUGACUCGACUCCAGGCCUUAUUUGGCCAUUUAUCCUUGACAGCCUCUUCAUCAUCGUCACCCUCUGCACCGCUCUGAGCAACAGUCGCAGGACCAGAUCUCAUGAUGUUAUGUUUACAAGCAUAUCUCGCGCCC